CGACUGUCAAGACAUAAAAAUGGUUUCGAUAGAAUGUAUUGCUGCUAUCUUCUCUCGCACCUUCCAAACACCUGAAGAUCGUGCACUUAUUUUUGAUUAUAUUUAUGAACAAAAUGGCUUGGAAUUAUUGUUUUUAGCCUAUAAUAAAAUCCAACCAAGUCAAGACCUAUUGCUUGAAGAAAACGAUUAUAUAUACUUGAAAAAAUACGUUGAGGCUAUUGUUGAAUUCGGUGAAAAGCAUAUUUGCUUUAAGAAUAACACAACGAUACCAAAUCAAUUUCCAAA